GGUGCGGGGAAAAAAGUUAUCGCUCCUCUGAAGACCAUAGAAGAAGAAGAAAAAGUUACUGUGUUUUGUUUUCAUGCCAGGGUAAAAAAAAGUCACCUUUCAGUGGUGUCUUGACUCUUUUGUGAUUGUGUUGAAGCCGUUUGAAGACACCAAAGUGACCAGUACCUCUUAAGGAUGCGGAGUGAACCAGGCCCAGUUCAGAUCGUCACAGUGUGUAAGGAGAAUCACUCUUUUGCUUUGGACACAAAGGCUUUAGCUCAGGUUCUGUUGGCUCCCAAGGUCCGAGACAAACAUGUGGUGGUCCUGUCAGUGGCUGGAGCCUUCAGAAAGGGAAAGAGCUUCCUGCUUGAUUUCAUGCUUCGUUACUUAUACAGACAGAGUGAUGAAAACUGGCUGGGUCAAAAUGAUGAGCCCCUGACAGGAUUUUCUUGGAGAGGGGGUUCAGAACCAGAGACAACAGGCAUCCAGCUGUGGAGUGAAGUUUUCCCUGUAAAAAAGAGCGAUGGGACAGAGGUGGCAGUAGUGUUGAUGGACACUCAGGGAGCCUUUGAUAACCAGUCCACCGUGAAGGAUUGUGCCACCAUCUUUGCCCUCAGCACCAUGACAAGUUCCAUACAGAUCUACAAUCUGUCACAGAACAUACAAGAGGACGAUCUGCAGCAGCUACAGCUGUUCACGGAGUAUGGUCGUCUUGCUAUGGAUGAGAUCUUUCUGAAACCCUUUCAGUCUUUGAUGUUCCUAAUCAGGGACUGGAGCUUUCCCUAUGAAUAUGCCUACGGGUUUAAAGGAGGCAGUGAUUUCCUGGAUAAAAGAUUACAGGUUAAGGUGACCCAACAUGAGGAGCUGCAAACAGUGAGGCAGCACAUCCAUUCAUGCUUCACCAGCAUUUCUUGCUUCCUGUUACCUCACCCUGGAUUGAAUGUUGCCACCAGCCCUGCUUUUCGGGGACAGCUUAAGGACGUGGCCUCGGAGUUCAGAGAGCAGCUGAAGAGCCUCAUUCCCAAACUGCUGCACCCGGAUCGUCUGGCUGUGAAAGAAAUACAUGGAAACAAAGUCACCUGCCGGGGCUUGCUGGAGUACUUCAAGGCUUACAUCAAGAUUUACCAGGGAGAAGACUUGCCGCAGCCAAAGACGAUGCUUAUGGCUACAGCAGAGGCAAACAACCUGGCAGCCGUGGCAGCAGCCAAAGAUCAGUAUUACAAGAAUAUGGAGAAGGUGUGUGGGGGAGACUUGCCCUAUGUGUCUCCUGACUCUCUGGAGGAAAAGCAUCGCUUUUUUUUCCGAGAGGCUCUUCAUAACUUCUCCUCAACCAAGAAGAUGGGCGGACAAGAUUUUUGUAAGCGUUACCAAGCACAGCUGGAACAGGAGCUGGAGGACAUGUGGCAGUCAUACAGCAAGCACAAUGAGUCAAAAAAUCUCUUCAGCGCCUUCCGGACACCUGCAGUUCUGUUUGUCUUGGUGUGCCUCCUCUAUGUGCUGUCAGGCGUGUUGCUCUUCAUUGGCCUGUCUACCUUCGCCUUGGUGUGUGACUGUACUCUGGGUGUGGUCAUGAUGUCAAUGCUGACGUGGGCCUUCAUCCGCUUCUCUGGUCGAUACCGGACUGUCGGAGGAGCCAUCGACCAGGCUGCAGGUGUCGUCCUGGAGCAGGCCACCGUGGUGUUGAACAAGUCAAGAAGUACAAGCAUUGGUGACCAGAAGAAAUCUCGUUAGAGGACCUCUGAACCUUCAUAAUCUCGAUGCAAUGCAACCAGAGCACAACACAAGCACACAUUCAGCACUAAAGCCUUAUCAUGCCACCCAUUGGAACAAACAUGCAGCUGAACUACAUUGGCACAUGGUAUAAAACAUGAUGCCAAUUCACCAGCAUCUUUAUUAUGCAGGUUCCUCUGCCUGUUAAACUCCAGGCUCAUAUAAAGGUGACUGGAGCAGGGAGUUAAACCAACCCAAUCCCUCUUAUUGAUACUUCUUGUCUUUAAUUGACACUCAUUUUACAAGUUUACAAUCGGUCUUAAGAGACAAGUUGAUGUUUACCUUUAAACUUACAAAACACUUACAUAUUUUCUAUUUCAGCUGAAUGGAUCUUUCUUGGCUGUAAUUUUGUUCAGAGAGGGGUAGUCAGGGUGUGCUUCAGCCAAAGCUUCUGCAGUAUAUCUUAUUACCUUUUUAAAAGCAAAAGUGCUGGCUUUAUAGCUUAUACAUUUAUACAUAUUUGUUUGUGGCUAUAUUUUUUUACUUUGUGGCCUUGAAAACAUUCCAUUCUUUUUGGGGAUUUGCUUUAUAUUUGAUAUAAACUAGUAUUUCCAUAAGAGGAUACGCACUUUCUGUAUAGCACAGUAUAUUUUGGGAGGCUGCAUGUAAUGGGAGUUUGGGUGAAUCUCACUGGUUUCUGUGCUUUACCAUUUAUUCCUUGAUGGAAAUGUCUUAGACUUUAUAGAUUUUGAUACAAUAUACUAGAAAUUAUACAUAGAAACUUAUAUUUAGCAAAACUUUCCAACUCCAAAGAUAAAACAUUGUAAUACUGACAGGUGUUGAACUUCCAAAAUAAUAAAACUAGCAACCAGUCAGCCGUAGAGUUCACUUUAAAUAUUUGAAUUAUGCAUUGGCAUUGUAGUCAUCACUUCAAACCUCAGUUAUUAAAUAUACUCGAUAAAAAAGAUAAAAUAUACUCGGCAGUGUAAACUAGAGAGUUGUAUUUCUUCAAAACAGAGUAAGAAACAGUGUUAAACAUGCAUGGAACAAAUAAACAAGCAGGAUGUUUAAAUAGAAAGACAGAAAUGGAAGCAGUAGAAAUCUAAAGGAAAUGUGACUGAGUGCUGUCCCCGUUUGUACAUGUGUCUAUUUUCAGCAGCACGUGGACAGAUUCUGAUCAAAUUUGGUGGUUGUCAAAAUCCUUAACAUGUAGUAAUGUGAGUAUGCUUGUGCCUCCAGAAAUUAUUCCCUGCAUAACACACUCACCAACCAUUCUUAGCCUCUGCUAUAAGCUCUGCUGUGAAAACACUCAUUAGCAGUUUAUCGAGUUCACAUUGAUGAUCUGGCUGCAGCCAUUUGUCGACUAUUUCACAGUUUUUAUUCAUUCUCCACAAAGGUUUUCAACUAAACUUUGUACUUAGUAAACUGUAUAAGAAAACUUGGUCAAUGUUAAAUUUCUUUUUUUUGAAUAUGACAAAUAUUUGGUUUCUGAUUAAAUAAUCAGUAUCGGCUUGAAAAUAUUGAGAGUCAGAGCUUUGCUUCAAAUGACUUCCACGUAAUGGUUGCAUAUUAUAUAAUAAAUAACCAUGUGACAGACAAGGACAAAUAAUAAAUGUGGGCUGACUUGUUUCUUUGGUCCUCAUUUACCUGCAGCCAUUUAACCAAUUAGCCGAGUCUUUGAAAAAUCAAUCAUACAGGGAAUUAAAAAGGUUUGACUACACCAUGGAUUGAUUAGGUUUUAGUUUUUCUUUGUGGGGCCAAGCGGGGCUUCUCAGGCCAACUCGGAAUGAAUCAGGCAUUGGAAUAAAGGAUUGUUUGCAACCAUGCCCUACAUUUCUGAAUAUCAAAAUCAAUGCAGGUUCUUUUAGAGAAAUUAGAUUGGGAAAGUGGAAUGGCAAAAUUUAGUUUAGUGAAAUGAGCCUUCUAAAUGCAACAAGACUGUGUGACCUGAGAGCGAAAGUAGCAUCCUGUAGUCUGUACAGGUUUUAUAUUGUGCACUUCAACAACUAACCAUAUCUUCCAUGACACUGUAGGUGUACGAUUUAAGUAUACAGGGCCAAAGAAGAAAAUGUGGAAAUUUGGAGGAUGAGAGACUUUCUCAGUCGCAAGAUUUUUGACCCUCACUUUGCACAUUCCAUUUCUGUACCUUUCCACAAGAGGAGGAAACUUCAAGUUCUUUUUUUCAUGCACUUAUUGUUGCACUUCCAUUCCUCCUUGGUGCUUUUUGCACACAGCUUGUUCCAAAAGUAAAUAAAUGCAUGCAAUAUUGUGGUAACGGUUAAUGUAAUCUCUUGCAGGGCUAUGGUGGCCUUGACUUGAGAAAUGCAGUUUUUUAAAAGAAUAAACAAAGCUUGAAACUGUUAA